AUGUCAUCUCCACGAUGGACACAAUGUAUCCCAACGCUCACAAACCCUUCGGUAGUUCCUCCGGAGGCAACGCUUAACCUUCGGAACCCUGCCGACGAACGAAAGAAUACUCAAGCAACAGAUUCGCCUAACUCCUGUAUCAUGGAUAAGCCAAUGAAUAGCGAUGUCGAAAAGGAUGUCGACGCAGAGCUGCCUUCGGACCGAAAAGGUCUUCGACAGAUUGAGAAGCAAAUGGAACCCGGCAAUGGAUCAUCCGCUGUGCCCGUUUCCUCGCCUCAACCCGUCAAUCCCAUGGACCCCUCGCAAUUCCCAGAAGGAGGAAUAAAAGCAUGGACCGUUGUCUUUGGGGCAGCAUGCGGCAUUGUCGUGAGUUUCGGCUGGAUCAACUGCAUCGGCGUCUUUCAAGAAUACUACGAAUCACACCAACUGAAAAACUACUCGUCGCAAGAAGUAGCUUGGAUACCCAGUUUAGAAGCCUUUAUGAUGUUUGCCGGUGGUAUUUGGGUCGGGAGAGCAUACGACAACUACGGCCCGCGCUAUAUUCUCCUUCUGGGCACAUUUUUCCACGCGUUCGGCCUGAUGAUGGCCUCUAUCUCAAAAGAAUACUACCAAUUUCUCCUCUCGCAAGGUGUAUGCUCCUCGCUCGGUGCAUCGAUGAUCUUCUACCCGUCCAUGUCCGCCGUGAUAACGUGGUUCUUCCGCCGCCGUUCCCUCGCUCUCGGCAUCGCAGCCACAGGCUCUUCGAUCGGCGGUGUCAUUUUCCCCAUCAUGGUCGAAAGGCUGAUUCCAGAAGUCGGCUUCGGCUGGACCAUGCGGAUCUGCGCCUUCUUGAUCUUGGGUCUCAUGAUCAUCGCCAACAUGACUAUUGUCAGCCGCAUCCCUCCUAAGCCCAAACCUGUGCGACCAAGGGACUUUUUGGUGCCGUUCAAGGAAACGCCAUUCGCUUUGUUGGCGUUUGGAAGCUUCCUUACAUUUCUUGGUCUCUUCCUCCCGUUUACAUUUAUCAUCCUCACAGCCCGUGCCCGAGGUGUCCCCGACUCCCUCGCCCAAUACCUGGUCUCCAUCCUCAAUGCAGGGAGCACCUUCGGCCGUACCAUUCCCCCUUUCCUCGCCGACCGCUGCGGCCGUUUCACCGUCUAUCUAUCCAUGUCCCUCUUGACUUCACUGAUAACGCUAUGCCUCUGGCUGCCCUCAUCCGGCACAAGCGCGACCAUCGUUUUCGCCCUAAUAUUCGGCUUCAGCUCCGGCGCCGUCGUGAGCAUCUUGCCCGCAUGUAUCGCGCAGAUCUCGCACAUCCAUCAAAUUGGUGUACGGACGGGUGUGCUCUUCAGCGUCGUUGCCGUUGCUGUCCUCAUCGGUUCCCCUAUCGGUGGCCAACUGAUUUCCAACGAUGGAUUCAGGAGCAUGCAGGGCUUUAGUGGUGGGAUGUUGAUGGCGGGCUUUUGUGUCUAUGUCGUGCUGUGGAUGAGGUUGGGCGGGUUGAAGGGGAAGAAAAUCUGA